AUGACGAAUCCGGUGUAUCAAUGCUGACGGCGUCUGAGUCGUACCUCCCGACGGUGAAGCUUAUGAGAAAGGUUUUGCAUUAGAACGGGAUGACCAAGAACGUUAACCUCAUCAAUAAACGAUCAGAUGAACUGGGAGUUGGGUAAGCGAGAUAUUGGACUCUGAGUUGCUUGGUGAAGGUUUAAUCCCAAGUUUACAGCAUGCUCAUGACAUGUUACUUGUUGAUAAUCCUAAAUCUGUGCCGUACCGAGCUACUACGUAUUGUCAGCUCGUAGAAAGCAGUCAAAGCACAUUCUUAUGUAACAUGCACGAUCUACAAAGUAACGAGGCUAGAGAGUCUAUUUGGCAUCAAGUCACAGCAAUAUAGCAUGCAUGUGGAUGCUAUUGAGAAAGAGAUCAAACUGAGCCUAUCAGACCCACCGUCAAAGGGGCUAUGACAGCCGUCUUCUGGGAUGCUCAGUAUUGCCCAUUCCCUCUUGGUUCCAGUGCUGAUGACAUCUACCACUCUAUCGCAUCAGCUCUUGUGGAAAGGAAGUUUACUGAUAAGAUUUCAAUCUGGGCCUAUCUUGGUGAUGAUGACAAGGACGGUUCUGCCUUACUGGGUGACAAGACUUGGGCCUCCAGAAUCUACUUUCUUUCCGCAGGGGAUAAAGCCUCGAGACGUAUUAGAAUGGCAAAUGACAUUCUUUUUUGGGCAAAGGAAUCUCCUUGUAAAGAAAGUUUGUUCCUAGUCUCUGAUCAAUUCAGAGGUGACACCUACUACGUCGAGCUGCUUCACACUUUGCUGUGCGCAAGUUUGGAUAUUUUCUGCGUAACUCCGACUCAGGACAUCAAUAAACCAGAAAGCCCUGAAUGGCCAGGAUUGCUAAUAGAUGAAGGAGCAUGCCGUUUGCUGUUUGAAACAAGCGAAAUCCCUGAUGAACCUUGUUCCAAAAAGCGUAAAACCGAUGCAGGAUUGCUCUUUAUGAUGGAGGUCGAGGAAGAAACAAGUGGCAUGGAUGAUGUUGGUCAGAAAGAACGGUAGGAUUUAUAGAAUAAUGAAUGUCAGCAAGAUGACAUAAAAUGUAGAAAUGUGGUGGCAAGUUAAACAACAAAUUGAUUUAAGAGGGAUGGCAUGUUAAGGGAUUACUUGAUUUUGUUGGUCACAAGUCAACAUUUGUAUUCAGUUAGUUUUGUUAUUUGUCUUGAGAUGAA